CUGAGUAUUGACAUUUAAUCUUUCUUCUUUGGCUCCAAAAACUAUUAUUUCAGUUUUGCCUUCAUUCAACUGAAGGGUCAAUAACACAGUUAUGGAAAAAGUUCCUUUUUGGUUUUGGACACUUUUAUAUUUGAAAAAUAAUAUUAGGUGCAGGUAGCAAAUAACCUAAUGUUGUACACUAUUUCCUCAUUUCUGUCUGAGCAAUAGUAUACUGUAUAAAUCAAAGUAAUCAUUUAAAUAAUUAUGUUGCUUGUCUUUAGUGGGCUCUCAAGUUUAGAACUUUAAUAUUUGAUUAUGACACAUAAAAUCUCUGAUCUACAGCAUUCUGUUUGCCUCUCCUUUGCUUUCUAACAUUGGACAGAACAGGGUAAAAGGAGCAUAACUUUUUGCCUCUUCUGAUCACACCCACACACAAAAAUCCACUUCUUAGUCAGAGAUGUAGGAUAGUUUUUCAGGUAAGCAAGUACAGAGUCAAUACAUAUUUUUGUUUCUCAGCUGCAAGAGUAGUGAGUGAGUCAUCGCAGACACUGUUGGUCUGAGUCCUUCUUUCCUAUGGUGCAUCAGUGGAAAAGCCCCACACAAGUGGAGGAGAGGAGUGAGAGCAAAGCAGAGGUGGAGUCCGGACUGUAAAAGGCCUCUCUGUCCAAACUCUGGCUUGCAGCCAGGUAGCGGCAGCAGAGACGUGUCACACCAGGUACACAGGCAGGAACACUUUAAUAACUGAGCCUCAAAAACUCCUUUAAUCACAUUUUGUAGAUGACUGAGUUGUAAAUCAGUAAAUCCCAGGCUCAUGUGGGUAUUACAUGAGGACUUUAAGCCAGAUCUUGGAGAUAGAAGAAGGACUUUGACAGAAGCGUCAUCAUAUAGUGGAGCAGAGACACAUAGAGGCUAUUUUAUCUAGCAGUGAGUGGGAGCGUGACUGAAGCCAUGGCCAUGUGGAGGACAGUGGGAACAUUGCUGCUAUUAGCACAUACUGUGUUUUGCCAAAGCAGCAUCAGAUGGUGUACCAUCUCAGACCCUGAGCAAAGAAAAUGCCAGGCCAUGUCCCAGGCGUUUGCUGAUGUCUCCAUCCGUCCCCUCCUCAGAUGCGUUCCAGGGACAACAGUUGAGGGCUGCAUUCAGAAACUGCAGAAAAAAGAAGCAGAUGCUUUGUCUGUGUUCUCAACUGACGUCUAUAAUGCAGUAAAAGCCGGCAGCACCUUAAAGAUGGCUGCAAGUGAAUCAAAGACUACAAGUGGAGAUGCUGCCUCCUAUUAUGCAGUUGCAGUUGUGAAGAAAGCAAACUCUGCCAUCAAUAUCCACAACCUGGCAGGAAAGAGGAGCUGCCACACUGGGAAAGGUCGAACUGCAGGCUGGAAUAUGCCUUUAGGAUACCUCAUAGACCAGGGCUACAUGUCAGUGAUGGGCUGCAACAUCCCCCAGGGUGUUGCAAAUUUCUUCAGUGCAAGUUGUAUCCCUGGAGCUAACCAGCCUGGUGAUCCUACAUCUCUGUGUGAGCUGUGCAAAGGAGACGGUAAAGGACAACACAAGUGUGAGAUGAACAAUAACGAGUUGUACUUCAGCUACGAAGGAGCCUUCAGGUGUUUGGCUGAAGAUGCAGGACAAGUGGCCUUCAUCAAACAUACAACUGUCGAGGAGAACACAGAUGGUCAUGGCCCGGACUGGGCAAAGCCAUUGCAGUCAUCAGAUUAUGAGUUGCUGUGCCGUGAUGGCACCAGAGCUCCUGUCACUCAGUGGAAAAGGUGCCAUCUGGUUCGCAUCCCCUUUCGUGGCAUUGCAGUUGGCAGUGACAUCACUCCCUCUGUGGUGUUUAACAUGUUGAACGAAGGUCUGGCAAAAUCAAAUUUCAACAUGUUCUCAUCUGCGGAAUAUGGAGGAGGAACUGUUCUUUUCUCCGAGUCCACUGUGAUGUUUGUGGGGGUCGAGUCAGAGGACCCAAAGAGGUGGAUGGGUGACAUCUAUCAUGACACUAUGAAGGCCAUGGACUGUAAACCUGAAGAUAUCCCUAAAGUCCUGCGUUGGUGUGUGUUGUCCAGCGGUGAGCAGCAGAAAUGUGCUGAUAUGGGUGUGGCCUUCCAAACUCAAAAUCUGACUCCAACUGUUAAUUGUGUGUACGGGGACUCUCUGACUGACUGCAUGGAGAGAAUCAAGAACAAAGAAGCCGAUGCCAUCACCUUAGAUGGAGGCUACAUCUACGCAGCAGGCAAAAAUUAUGGCUUAGUCCCUGCUGCUGCUGAGAGUUACACAGAUGAUCGUGAUGGUUCCAUUUACUAUGCAGUAGCGGUGGUGAGAAAGACUAGCAGUGACAUCCGUAACCUGGACGACUUGCGUGAUAAACGCUCCUGCCACACUGGAUAUGGUCGCACGGCUGGCUGGAACGUUCCUGUGUCAACACUGAUGGAAAGACACCUGAUCCGCCCUCAGCACUGUCAGAUACCACAAGUGGUGGGGGAAUUCUUCAAGCAGAGCUGUGUACCUGGUGCCAAUCAACCCACUUUCCCCAGCAGCCUGUGUGAUCUGUGUGUGGGAGACAGUUCAGGACAGAACAAAUGCGAGAAGGGAAAAGACUUGUAUGAUGGAUACGACGGAGCCUUCAGGUGUCUGGCUACUGGUAAAGGAGACGUGGCUUUUGUCAAGCAUUCCACUGUUUUUCAAAACACCAAUGGUCAGUCAUCUGAAUCAUGGGCUACAGAUCUCCAGUCUAAAGAUUUCCAGCUACUCUGUUCCCAGGGAACUAAAGCCGAGGUUACACAGUAUAAUUACUGUAACCUGGCCAGAGUCCCUUCUCAUGCUAUAAUGGUACGACCAGACACCAAUAUCCAUGCAGUCUAUGGGCUCCUGGACUAUGCACAGACACAUUUUGGCAGCGAUGCUGGUCCUGGUUUCAAGAUGUUUGACUCUCAGGACUACAGUGGUACAGAUCUCAUCUUCAAAGAUUCUACUAUUCGCAUUGUGGGUGUUGGUGAAAGAAAAACAUACCAACAGUGGCUGGGUCAGGGAUACCUGAACUCACUGGUUGACAUGGAGUGCAAUUCAUCAAGCACAGCUGCAUCAUCUGUGUGGCUGCUGCUGAUGGCCCUGCUGAGCCUCAUACUGACCAAUGUCUGGAUGUAAUGAAACAAUGCUGGUCUCUUCUCCUAUAGCUCUUUUUUUUGUAAUUUCUUUUCCAUUUCUCCAGUUUCAGACACUCCAUGUUUGGCUCUUUUUUCUCUCUUUCUGUCAUCGCUUUUUGCACAUUAAUGUUGAGUGUUUAACCAUCCUGAUUGCUGUCUAGUUGAAUCAAACAUCAUAGUUUCAGUUUAGUGCCGCUCAGUCCUGCUCUUGUCACUUUGCAUCAUUUCUACCUGACUGUUAAUUUAGGCUACUAAGUGGGAGAAUGCAUCGUGUUGGAUCUGUCUUUGGAUUUAAAUUAAGCUAGGGUUGAAGCAUGCAAAGUACACUUUGGUUUAGUGGCAGACAUGUGAGUUGGCUACAAAUUUUCCAGCUAGUGUGAAUAAGAGGGAAGAUGUUGCUGCCAUUUGUUUACUGAGGGUGUGCUGCCAUAUCAGUGAAUAUGCUGCCACCUGUUACAUUACUCUGAUGCAACACUGUCCCUCAAAAAUGUGUUUCAUAAACAGAAAAUAAUCUGAAAAAAUAUUACUUUAUCCCAGAAAUCUUUAAAACUGCACUUAUCUAAUGUUUUAUAACUGAAUCCAAACCAUCUUUCCCAUUUCAAACACUUGGUGUUGACAUAGAACACAAAAAGCAAACAGGCCUUUUUUCUUUCAUUUUUUUUUUUUUUUUUUAAAUAAAAAUUUGUUUAAUUUAAACUCAUUUUUAAUCUAAGUAAGAAAUGUUUCCUGUGUUUAGUUUGGGAAGUAUGUUUGACAAAAUUUUCUUAGUCAUGCAAGAGUAAAAGAACAAGUAAAUACAUUUGAAAAGCAAUAUUUGUAGUGCUGAUUGACACAAGUAAAAAAAGGAAAAAAAAAGAAAGAUUAAAUCUUAGUUUUUUAAAUCAAAAUAACUCAAUCCAGAAAGACAUUUUCUUAAUUCAGACUUAUUGGUUCAAAUCAUGAGUAGCUUCUAGUGUUUGGUGCUGUUCAUUUCAUGUGUUAAAAUGUUGAUUAGAUUUGUAUUUUCCUAUGUUGAGAGAUUUAUUUUUAUAUGAAGUUCAGGUGCCAUAUCAGUGUAUAUGUACUGACUCAUGCUGUCAGAAACUAGUAACUUCUCUUCCUCCUGAUAGAGAUUUAUUUCUGUGUGAAAUGAUGUAACAUGUGACUAAUAUUUAGUUGCCAGGCCAGUGUGUCUGCAUAAGUAUUACUGCAUAAAGCUGCACCCUGUCUGUCCUUGUUAAAAUGAAAUAAAGUUAUAUACAGCAAAAUCCA